UGCUCCCGCCUCCUGGAGCCCCUAUCGGGCCCGGCCGCUCCUGCCCCCUCCAUUGCCCGCCCCCCGCCCGAGCCGGGCCAGGAGCCCAGAGGUCCAAGAGGCCGGGGAAGGAUGCGGCCAGCAGCUGCGGUCCCGAGCCACGCAUGGUGAUCGCCUCCUCCAAAGGAGGAGGUGCCUAGACCGUUGCCUCAUUUCUUGUUUUCCUCUCCCUCCCCCCUCCCCGUAAUUACAUUGGCUGCUGGAAGGGACCUGAAGAGACAGAGGAGGCGCCUCGCAUCCCCCCUCUCGCCCGCCACCCGUGCUCUUUUCUGUCCCGGGUCAGGAUGACUGGAGUCUUUGACAGUCUGGUGGCUGAUAUGCAUUCGACCCAGAUCACCGCCUCCAGCACGUACCACCAACACCAGCAGCCCCCGAGCGGUGCGGGCGCCGGCCCUGGAGGUAGCAGCAACGGCGGCAGCAGUAACAGCAGCCUGCACAAGCCCCAGGAGUCGCCAACCCUCCCGGUGUCCACAGCUACCGACAGCAGCUACUACACUAACCAGCAGCACCCGGCGGGCGGCGGCGGCGGCGGCGGCGGCGGGGGGGCCUCGCCCUACGCACACAUGGGCUCCUACCAGUACCACGCCAGCGGCCUCAACAACGUCUCCUACUCCGCCAAAAGCAGCUACGACUUGGGCUACACCGCCGCCUACACCUCCUAUGCGCCCUACGGAACCAGUUCGUCCCCGGUCAACAACGAACCUGACAAGGAAGACCUCGAACCUGAAAUCCGAAUAGUGAACGGGAAGCCAAAGAAAGUCCGUAAACCACGUACCAUCUACUCCAGUUUCCAGCUGGCGGCCCUUCAGCGUCGCUUCCAGAAGACCCAGUAUCUGGCACUGCCAGAGAGAGCCGAGCUGGCAGCAUCCCUGGGCCUCACCCAGACUCAGGUCAAAAUCUGGUUCCAGAACCGCCGAUCCAAGUUCAAGAAGAUGUGGAAAAGCGGUGAGAUUCCCACAGAGCAGCACCCCGGAGCCAGCGCUUCCCCACCUUGUGCCUCCCCGCCGGUCUCGGCGCCAGCCUCCUGGGACUUCGGCGCGCCGCAGAGGAUGGCGGCCGGCGGUCCGGGCAGCGGAGGCAGCGGCGCGGGCAGCUCUGGCUCCAGCCCGAGCAGCGCCGCCUCGGCUUUUCUGGGAAACUACCCGUGGUACCACCAAGCUUCGGGCUCCGCUUCACACCUGCAGGCCACGGCGCCACUUCUGCACCCCUCGCAGACUCCGCAGGCACACCACCACCACCACCAUCACCACCACGCAGGCGGGGGCGCCCCGGUGAGCGCGGGGACGAUUUUUUAACCGUCCCCAAGGGACGGCGGUCAGAGACUUGAGAACUGGGGCACCAGGUUCUUCAGCACGUGCCCCGUAGCAAACGGCAGCAUCCUA